AUGAAGAGGAAAAGAGAGCCUUCUGAGAAGUCCAAGAAGUCAAAGACUCUGAAGCUGGGAGAACCGUUUGCAGCCAGAUCGCCUGCACCUCUGGACUCUUCUAUCUCAAGUAAGUCUCAUCCAUCUGAAACUCCUUCUAUUUCGAAUUUAAAGAAAAUAUCUUCCUCCUUACCUCUACCAUCUUCCACUUAUACCCCCUCUGAACCUACUAUAUUAAAUCCACCUAACUCUGAACAUCACAAAUCUAACCCUUCCUCACCCUCUCCACGAAAAAUCAACCUCAUUACCAUCACACUCCUCACAUCUGAUUUAUCACCUCUAAACAAAUCCUUCUCAUCCCUCUCCCUAACUCCCUCCUCACCAUCAUACUACAAUAUAUCCUAUGACUCGGAAAACCCUGACCCUUCUUCCCCAACAAUGGCUCAACUUCAAGCCACUACACUAUCUAAACCAUCUCCAUCUAUCCCAGAUACCUUUGUGCCUUCUCCUUCUGCACCUCAAAUAGAACCACCCUUUGAACCUCAAACAGAACCCCCCUCUGAACUUUCAUCUGAACCCCCAACUGGACAACCCCAUGAACCUCCCACUGAAACAAUCCCCACCUCACCAAAACCCAACAAUCCAGCUUCUGACCCUGAACCAACCUUCCCCACCCUGGAAGAUUUAGUUGCUUUAUUUUCGGAGUCCUCAACUGUGAAGCUUAGAUCACUAUCUGAACAGUUCAAACUAAGUGAUAAUCCCUCUGAAGUGAGGAAUGACCAGAAUGGGUUUCUCAGAUGGAUGACAUAUGAGGUAUUCAAGCUGAAAGGCCUCUCUGAACAAGUUAGAAAUGACUACAUUAGAGAAGUUAAGGAGAGGCUAGAGGCUCGUCUGGCCAUAGAAUAUGAAGAGAAAUCACGCCAGGAAGCUAAAGAAAAGGCAAGACUGGAAGCUGAAGAGAAAGCAAGAAAAGAAGCAGAAGAAAAAGCCGCCGCUGAGGCUGCUGCUGCUGCUGAAGCCAAAGCCAAAGCCAAGGCUGAUGUUAAAGAAGUAACACACAUUGAUGUGGAAGAAGCUGCCAAGGCAAAGGAAGUGGCUCUGACUCAGGGUGAGUCAUCUAACUCUGACCUUGCUCCGCUGGUGCUCAAGGCUCUGGAGGAACUCCAAAAGGAACUCCAGAUUAUAAGAGCUGGACUAGAUUAA